GGAACGCUGUAAAUAACCAAACAAGAGAAAUUGUCAUUGUUAAUUUAAAACUCAGACAGAAGAAGUGAAGAAUCUUAAAGCUGCUCACAAAAUGCCAUUUUGCCUGUGGCUGUGCUACAGACCCUUCUAGUGCCGCAACUGCCAACACUCGAGCACCCUGGUCCAAUUCGCAUGAAGAGCGUGUAUGGGGUUAGGUAUUAUAACUAGAAAUACGCCAGACAAAAGAAUUUAAACGAAGAAUAUGGCCAACAAAGCCGAGUGCUAACAAUUGAAAGAAAAAAGCAACAGAAUCCGAAAAAAACGCUUGUCAUCAAACAAAAAACGAGAAAAAUAAAGAAGCAGCAGGUGCAAACAAAUGUAGAGUCUUCUGUUUUUUUCUUGCAGUCAGCAGCAACACAUGCAUACAACUCAACGGCAACAACAACAAUAUCCAGUUAACAGCAGCACUUGCAUGCAAAUAUUGUUUUAAACAAAGUGCCAAAGACCAAGAAAGGAAGAACAACUCCUUGUCUAUUGGGUUGGGUGGAUCACGAGAAAAAAAGACAGAAAAAAAACAACAAAGACACUGCUGAAAUGUAUCUCCCAGCACCACGUGUGCCAUACAAGUGAUGCAUAUUCUUGCAUAACAACAAAAAGUAAAGGGGUAGCAUUUUCAAAAGGAUAACAACAAUAGCAACAGCAUUGCCACGUAAAUGGAACAACCAGCCAACCGCCAGGCAUCACAUCCUUCUCAUAUAGAUGUCAGCUUGAUGUGAAUCCCUGAUGCAGCUACAACUGAUGAACACGCCAUGCGAAAUGGGCCUGAAUGCGGUACUGUCGGUUUUUUUUUGUACAACGAAAACGAUGAAUGAAUGCACUGCCAGCAACAACUAAGCCACUAGCAGCCAACAGCAGCAACAACAAAAACUAGAAGUGGCGAGCACACAACUAAAAAAGAUCCCGUUAAGUGGCCCUUGCACAAGUGAAAUUUUAAGUGCUUAACGCGCUGCCAGCAAAAAACAAGCAGUAAUCCAACACUUGCAUUUGCACUUACUCACCAAUACAGGCACGAACGCACACACACACAUAUAUAAGCCUGGUUGGCAGGCAGGCAAGGAGAAAAAACUAUAACCAACAAAUAUAAUUGAAAUUUAAAAGUCCUUUCCUUUCUCUGGAUGAGAGAGAAUGGCACAACAAUCAUAAAUUCUUCCAUUGGAGGGCUGGAGUGAAAAACCGAAAAAAAAAACAAAAAAGGAAGAACAACGAUAAAGAGGAGCACAACAGAGAAACUUAAUUAGAGCACAGACACAAUGGCAUCACUGCGUAAUCUCUCGUAGUUAAGUGGGGAACAAAAGCAUACACAUAGCCAAGUUACUCUCACACACACACAUACUUACAUAGAGAAUAAGGACAUACAACUAUUUGUUCUGUUCAAAAUAACAGCAGCAACAGCAACAAUAAGAGGUCAACUCACAAAAAUUGCCUACCAUCCCACAAAAGCGGUUGCUUAUGCAACCGUUGCGCCACUAAAGCAUAAUGAUUAUGUUGCAUCAUGGCAUGCAACAACAGCAACAACGACGACGACGAUGCCCCACAGACGCCAGAGACGCCAUACAAUUUGUCACAUCUGCUGCACCCAAGACUGCCACAUUACUGCGUCUUCAGCCCAAACACAGUCGAAGAAAAUUAAGCCAACGAUGCCAGCAGCUUUCGCUGCCGCAGCAGUGUCAACAUCAGCUCCACCGCCGCCAUCACCAUCACCAACACCACCGCCGCCACCCACAGCCGACAACAAAACGAAUACCUCUGCCAUUGGCUUUAUUGUUGCUCGCAACAUUGGGCACAAUGAGUGGGCCAUGCGGUAGCAGUGUAUCGGCCCUAGCAAUGAACGGUGGCAAUAACAACAGCAACAACAACAAUAGUAACAAUAAAGUUUCUCAAAAUAGCAUAAAUGUAAACAACAACAAUAACAAUCUAAGCUUAAGGACAUCAGCUUUAAUAGCAGCUGCCUCAACAACCACAUCCACAUCGUCGUCAUCAUCAUCUUCCUCGACGUCAUCGUCAUCGCCGUCAUCCUCAUCGUCGUCAUCUUCCUCCCUAGUUGGGUCGAAUGGAAAUGCUGUGCCCUCAUUGGCACUAACGGCGGUGGGUGGCGGCAGUUCUAGUUCCUCAUCAAUGUCUUCGUCAUCCUCCUCCUCGUCAUCAUCGAUGUCUUCUUCGUCGUCUUCCUCCUCCUCCUCGUCGUCAUCAUCAUCGAAUUCCCGUAGCAGUCGUCAAUAUGGCAGCAGUAGUAGCAGCAACAACAACAACCAACAUGACCAAUUACCCUCACAACUUUCAUCACGUAUCAUUCACACACGCAACGGAGCCUUAUCGGGCGUAAUUGUACAAUUAGAUGGCCGCCAUUUAGAUCCGGUCGAGGCAUAUCGUGGCAUUCCGUAUGCAUCGCCACCUGUCGGUAAUUUGAGAUUUAUGCCACCUGUAUCGGCAGCCAUGUGGUCAGGCGUCAGAAAGGCAGACAGGUUCAGUCCUGUAUGCCCGCAACGUUUGCCCGAUAUAGGCAAUCAAACUGCAGCGCUGGAACGUAUGCCGAAGGGUCGCUAUGAGUAUUUGAAACGCUUACUGCCAUAUUUGCUAAAUCAAUCAGAGGAUUGUUUGUAUUUAAAUAUUUACGUUCCCAUACAAGUUGCCUCAAGAGAUUCUUCAGCCAGCAGCAGUGGUUCAUCAUCGUCCUCAAGUAGUGGUGGCAGCAAUGGCGGUGCCAGUGGCAGUUCAUCGUCGUCGUCAUCAUCAUCGUCCUCGUCGUCGUCCUCAUCGCAAGCCAAACUGCCCGUCAUGGUGUUCGUACACGGCGAAUCAUAUGAAUGGAAUAGUGGUAAUCCCUAUGACGGCUCUGUGCUGGCCAGUUUUGGUCAGAUGCUAGUGGUGACGAUAAACUACAGAUUGGGUCUGUUGGGUUUUCUCAAUGCCAACACAGACCGCUACUCCAAACUGCCAGCAAAUUAUGGUUUGAUGGACAUCAUUGCCGCCUUGCAUUGGCUCAAGGAGAAUAUUGCCUCAUUUGGUGGCGACCCGCAAAGUAUUACAUUGGCUGGCCAUGGCACCGGUGCAGCUUGUGUACAUUUCCUCAUAUCAUCCAUGGCUGUGCCAGAAGGUUUACUAUUCAAUCGAGCCAUACUAAUGUCAGGUUCGGGCUUAGCACCGUGGUCGUUAGUCAGUAAUCCUGCCAAAUAUGCCGCCAUUGUGGCCCAUCACGUGAACUGUGCCCCGGAUUUGCCGCAUGCCCAUUUCAUGAAGUGUUUACGCGAAAAACCUCUGGACCAGUUGUUAAGUGUUCCAAUUAGACAGCCCGAGUUUGGUUUUGCAUUUGGCCCCAGCAUAGAUGGAGUGGUCAUAGAUGGCGGUGACUAUGUGCCACCGCCGCCAAAUUAUAUGCAUGUCCAGGCAUCGACGUCAGCUGGCAAUGGUUUGGGUGGCGAGGCGGGCAAUGCUGCCCACGGUGGUUGGGGUACACCGGGACAAUUGGAGAAUAUUGUUUUAAUGAGGAAAACAGCCAUUAACAAGUUGUCGAGAUAUGAUUUACUGGCUGGCGUCACACGUGCAGAGGCAUUCUUCUCCUUCAACUCCGGCGAUGUUCAGUACGGCAUCGAGGCUGACAGACGUUCGAAAAUCUUAAAGGCCUACGUGCGCAACACCUACACGUACCAUCUGAAUGAAAUUUUUGCCACCAUCGUUAAUGAGUACACCGAUUGGGAGAGGCCCGUUCAGCAUCCAAUUAAUAUCAGAGACGAAACACUGGAGGCAUUGAGCGAUGCCCAGGUUGUGGCUCCUGCUGCUCAAACUGUGGAUUUGCAUUCGGCCGACCAUCGUAAUUCGUAUUUGUAUGUGUUUGACUACCAAACACGUUAUGGCGAUUAUCCUCAGCGUCAAGGUUGCAUACAUGGCGAGGACUUGCCAUACAUAUUCGGGGCACCCCUGGUAGGGGGGUUCAAUCAUUUCACCCGCAAUUACACCAAGACCGAAGUGAGCCUCUCAGAAAUCGUUAUGCUGUACUGGUCGAACUUCGUAAGGACGGGAAAUCCCAACGAGCAAAUGGAAAGCGACCAUGGCAGCCGUCAAGAACGUAGUCGCUACAAGACCAUUGAUUGGACGGCAUAUGAAAGUGUACACAAAAAGUAUUUGAAUUUUGACACAAAGCCAAAAUUGAAAAAUCACUAUCGUGCUCAUCGUUUGUCCUUUUGGCUUAAUCUCAUACCGGACCUACACAAGCCGGGCGGCGACAAUGUACCACCCUCACAUCAUCAACUAAGCGACGAUGAUGAAAUGGACAAUAACAUUGCCGGCGAGGCAGCUGUUAAGCCCUUGAAUCCACCCUAUUCGCCCAGCAUUGGAAAUGCGGCCCUGGGCAAUUUUAGCAUAUUUACCAAUCAAGUGUUCUCCCUGCUUAAUCUCAGUUCACCUUCGUCGUCGUUGCAACGCAAUGGCACAAGGUAUCCGGGUGGCAAGCUGUACCCCGAAGACAUGAUGGAUGGCGAUGGCCACGGAGGCAGUCAGGCCUCCCAAGAAAGUGAUGGCUUUGCUGCCUAUUCCACGGCCCUAAGUGUGACCAUUGCCAUUGGCUGUAGUCUGCUGAUAUUGAAUGUUCUGAUAUUUGCCGGAGUCUACUAUCAGCGUGACAAGACCCGUCUCAACGAGCCACGCUCCCAAAGUAAACUGAAACGCCAGGAAAGUGGGCAAAUGCCCAACAACAUCUGUGGAGACCUGGAGACCCUUACCAUACACACGAAAAGUGAUCCAGCCACCAUACUCUCGCAUCAUCAUGCCCUGCAGCAUCACCAACUGCCACCACCCGAGUUUGCCGAUCUUCCACAUCGGGCCCCACCACCACCGAAACAUCUCAAGUCCAUGCAGCAGGAUCCUGGAGGAGGUGGCAACGUUGGCAUGGGCAACAACACCAAUGCGCAAAGUGCCACAAUAAUGGGUCUCUUACCACCGCAUGCCUUACAAGUCAUGGGUAAUCAGUGUGGAACAUUAACGAAAAAGAGUUGCAUGAAACAAUCCUCCAUGCAGCAGCAGCAGCAACAACAGCAGCAGCAACAACAACAGCAGCAACAGCAACAAGUACAACAGAACCAACAACAGAUGAUUGUGACACAUCAGCAUCAACUGCAGAACUCUCAUAAUCAAACGAUGACCACAGCCCUGACGGGGGGUGGCAUGGGGGGUCCUGGCUCGGGUAAUGGGCCACCACCUGUACCGCCCACAGUCACCGUGACCACGGCCCAAUCGAUGCAACCACAUCCCCUGGCCCAGUCCCAACCUCAUCCCCUAAUGGACGAGUUAAGAGUGUGACAUUAAUUAACCGUACGUUUCAAGUGUGAUCUCUAAGGGUUAUCCUAAUGACCUCUUUCCCAAAUAAAUCUCUACCAUAUCCCCCAGCUCCUCUCCCCCUUCCCUACCACUCACACACACACACACAUAGAGAGAUUACAUGGUGUUGCGUGCGCUUAACUGUGAAAUGCUACAAUAUGCUACAGAAAACAAAAGGUAUGACGAACAAAUUGCAGCAUUGCAAAAGUCUUGUUCGAAGCAAGCCAAAAAACCAAAUGCGACAAAAAACUAGAGAAAAUUAAAACCAAAAGAAAUCUUCUUAAAUGUUAAACUAUUUUUCUGUUGUUUUUACCUAUGAACUAUGAAGGAAUGCCGAAGUACUUUCAAACACACAUAUAUAGCUACAAACAUACAUUUCUUCUAAGUUUUGUUGAUGUUUUGUAAUAUUUUUUUUGUAAUUGAAAUACUGUUGUUUCUUCUAUAGCGAAAAUCCCUGUAAAUAAUUAUCAAUGAAAUUAAGAUAUUUAUUCUAGUUUAACUGGCAACAUUUAGUUCUCAAACUAUCCAUAAAUGUAAGUAAGUGUUAGUUAAUUAUUAAUUAAUGAAAAUUAAAUAUUUAUAUAGUGUAAACAUAUAAGAAAACAAAUUCUUUUUGCCAU